CAGGAGAAGUGAUUUUGCAAAUUGCCAACGAACCUGUUCUGCCCUUUAAUGCAAUUGAUAUAGCUUUAGAAGUUCAAAACAACCUUAAAGGUGAUCAACCCAACACUCAUCAACUGUUAGCCAUGGCAUCACGCCUGCGGGAGAAUGCUGAACUUUUUCAGUCUGAUGAGAUGCGACCUGCUAAUGAUCCCAAGGAGAGAGCAUCCAACCGCAUCCGGAUGCUGAAUGACAUUCUCCAAGAUAUGGAGAAAAGCUUUCUGGUGAAGCAGGCGCCGCCAGGUUUUUAUAGAAACAUCCUGUACCACCUUGAUGAAAAGACAAGCCGGUUUUCAAUACUUGUGGAGGCUUGGGAACACUGCAAACCCCUUGCAUCAAAUGAGACCCUUCAGGAAGCCCUGUCAGAGGUGUUGAACAGCAUUAAUUCAGCUCAGGUUUACUUCAAAGCAGGACUUGAUGUGUUCAGGAGUGUCUUGAAUGGGAAGAAUUGAGAAAACUCUGAGCAUUUUUUAAAGUUUGCUUACAAUUCCACAAGCAAAAGCUCUAAUUGAACCAGAUUUUCUGAUAUUGAAGGCUUAUUUUCCCCCAUGGCUUUUUGACAAGUAUAAAGCUAUUAUUACAUUGUAUUUUUUAAAUGUAAAUAUAAAAAGAACAUUUUGCACAUUUAAUAUUUUUUGUAUCUACAUUUCUGACUAUGUAAAGCAAGUUAUUGAAAUAGGACUUAAGAAUUACCUAUUAAAAAGAAAUCUGAUAUUUU